AUGGCGCAAGAACGCUCCGGAAUCGUGGUCGGCUUGAACAAGGGCCACAAAACCACCCCCUUCCAGACCCCCAAGAACCGCAUCAGCCGCACCAAGGGUCAGUCCUCUCGCCGUACCGCUUUCGUCCGUGAGAUCGCCCGCGAGGUUGUUGGUCUUGCUCCCUAUGAGCGCCGCAUCAUCGAACUCCUGAGAAACACUCAGGACAAGCGUGCUCGUAAGCUCGCGAAGAAGAGACUCGGUACCUUCUCCCGUGGCAAGGCCAAGGUUGAGGAUAUGCAGCGUGUCAUCGCCGAGGCCCGCCGCACGGGUGCUCACUAA